UCCAUUCACAGCUUCUAUCACUUCUCUCCUCCAUUCACAACUUCUAUCACUUGACUGAGCUGUCCAUCCAGUCUCUAAAAGAAAUUGAAGAAGCAGUAUCCAUGACCAACACGAUGACAUCAAAGGUCCUCAUCAGCUUCCUGGCCUGUCUGCUCCUGGUCAAUGUUGAAGGCCAGGUGGGUCAUUCUAAAGCUCGGUGCCAGUGUCUGAAUGGACUGGUGAACCGUGUUAAACCUCUUCACAUUGAGAAGAUCGAGGUGUACACCUCCAGCCACUCCUGCAGGAACAUGGAGAUCAUUGUCACUCUGAAGAACGGAGAAGGGAAGAUGUGUCUGAAUCCAGAAGCUCCAUUUGCAAAGAAAACCAUCGAGAAAAUAAUGAAAAAACGAAGGUGA